UCUUGCGCUGAUUGUGCAAAAUAUCAUCGACUGAUUGACGGUAACUGAUCGGACCAUCGCCAUGGCAUCCAGCGGAUUUCUGCAGGCAGCCGUGCUCCUUCUGGCGGUCCAGCUCCUGUGUCUCGGUGCAGCUGAUGCUGAUCAGGAUCCUGGGACUGUCAUCCCUGCCGAAAGUCGCCCGUGUGUGGACUGUCAUGCAUUUGAGUUUAUGCAGAGGGCACUGCAAGAUCUAAAAAAGACAGCUUUCAACCUUGAUGCCAGGACAGAGACGCUGGUGCUUAGAGCGGAGAGGAGGGCUCUGUGUGACUGUAUGCCUACCAACUCACUGCGCUGAGAUCUGCACCUCACAGCCACGAGUGCACCUGAGGACACGUCCACCUGUCACCGCAUCCCGACACGCUGAAAACAACCUGUUCCACUCUCCUCAUGUACAGCGAUUCUCAUCUGUAACUUAUUCACACAAUAGGCACUUUAUUUUCUUUUCUGUCACGUCACUGUUGAACUAGGCUUUGAUUUCAUGUCGCUCAUCACAAGGCACAUUAUCGUUUUGCCUUAUUCGGGAUGACUUUUCUACCACUGAUGUUUUUAUGUUGUGAAACACACUGUCUGGGUCAGUUCUCAUCUGUCUCCUAUGAAACAUAAACUAUUUUUUGUACUUUUUAGUAUUUGACUGUAUAAUGUAGAUACAGUAGAAUGCAUUGGUAAAUUUACUUGUUGAAUGUGUUGUAUGAGAUUAAUGUUUACGACGAUUAUACACAUCAAACUGUAGCAUCGCGUGGAAUUUAUUUAACUGCUCAAAACAAUUUGAUAACUAUUUUAAUUAGUUCAUUAAAUGACCUUUAGGAAUCAGCAAAAUCACUGUAAUUUCGCUGAUUAAAAGUAAUUUAUUUGCAGCCUGGCUUCUUUUGCAAAAAGGUUGUUUAACUUAUUUAACACUGUUAUUUUUAUUUGUAAUAACCAUGAUUUUGGUUUUUGUAAAGUAAUGAUCAGAAGAACGAAAUGUGAAAUUUUACAAACAAUAUUUUCAGAUUUGUUUUUCUUUUUUUUUAAAGGCGGAAAAGCGUUAUUGUAGGUCUUGACUUAGCACAGCACUGUAGCAUGAAUUUACAGCACUUUUUUGUUAACCUACUGUUAAUAUAGAUUGUAUGUAUAGAUUACAUAUAUGUACACGGGUACAUGUAAUGGAGGUGUCUACAGACUUUGUCUUCUCUGUCUGACAAAGGUGUAUGGAAGAGUAGUGACGAAGUGUAUAGUAUCAGAUAAACUGCAAUAUCAGCAGGAGACGGGAGGACGAACAGAGGAAUGCUAGUUGCAGCAGGGGACAUAGAGAUAGAAAUAAUAAUUGUCUUAUUGUUGCUUGUUCACGAACAUCGUACUUUGUUGACAUUAUGUCACAGGAAGACCCAUUUAUUGUCUUAAUGUUGU